GUUGACAUGUACUCAGUUUAGUGAACCAAAACAAAGUUUAGCCGAAAUGUACGCGCAAGCUUUGAGUGUACUGUUCUCCUUUUGGGCAGUUUCGGCAGCUAGAUUCGACGGUCCUGAGCAGUGUUCUUGGUUACCAGACAACACGGAUUCUUCCUCUUCGAAGCUAUCUGUUACCUGCAGAGUGAAAACUUUGGAGGAAUCGGCGAAUAUAUCAUCUCUACCUGCUGAAGUGACUUCCAAGCUGAAAAUAUUCUGCAGUGAUGUUUUGUUCAUGGAAAGUGUGCUUCCGACGCAAGGUCUCCAUCGACUUCAUGAACUCGAGGAGUUUCAGAUUAACAACUGCAAACUACUGAACAUCCAUCCGAACUCCUUCGAUGGUCUUUAUAACGUGAAGAAACUUGCUAUAAAUACUUUCAAUGCUGAAUGGGGUCCUACAAAAAGCUUGGAUAUGACUCGACACAGUUUGCAAGGACUGAAGGAACUACAAAUUUUGGACUUGGCAGAUAACAAUAUCAGAGCGAUUCCUGACGGAGUGUUCUGUUCUCCAGCCAACCUGCAGACUCUGAAUUUGACGAGAAAUCGAUUCAGGCACUCUGAAAGAAUUGGUCUCAAUGUUCAAGAUUGCAGUAGCAGCGAUUUGCAGAAUCUGGAUUUGUCAUAUAACGAUUUGAGAACUUUGUCUGAGGAAUCUGGAUUCUCCCGAUUGAGAAGAUUACAGCAUUUAUAUUUGCAAUACAAUAACAUUAGUGAGAUAUCUGGAGAAGCACUUGCUGGAUUAGUGUCACUCAGAAUCAUCAACUUAGCGAAUAACAAAAUCAGUACAUUGCCACAAGGAUUAUUCUCGGGCACUCCAGAACUCAAGGAGAUUCAUUUACAAAAUAACUCUCUGUUCUCAUUGGCGAAAGGACUAUUCCACAGACUUGAGCAGUUGCUGGUUCUCGACUUAUCAGGCAAUCAGCUAACCAGUAAUCACAUAGAUUCAGGAACAUUUACUGGACUAAUUCGCCUAAUCGUUCUCAAUCUGUCACAUAAUGCUCUGAUGCGCAUCGAUAGCCGAACCUUCAAAGAUCUUUUCUUUCUACAGAUCUUGGAUUUGAAGAACAACUCUAUCGGAUUCAUUGACGACAACGCUUUCUUGCCCUUAUACAAUCUACAUACUCUUAAUCUUGCUGAGAACAGGCUGAACACGAUCGGCCCUAUGCUAUUCAAUGGGCUCUUUGUUCUCAGCAAGCUCACCCUGAAUAAUAAUCUGAUUGUGAACAUAGACUCCAAAGCCUUCGUCAAUUGUUCGGCUCUCAAAGAGCUGGAUUUGAGUUCUAAUGCUCUCUCUGAAGUUCCCGACGCUGUGCAUGAACUCACUUUUCUCAAAACUCUCGAUCUGGGAGAGAAUCAAAUUUCAGAAUUCAGAAAUGGCUCGUUCAAGAAUUUAAAUCAACUCACUGGUUUGAGACUGAUCGACAACAAUAUUGGCAACUUGUCUCGUGGAAUGUUGUGGGACCUGACCAGCUUGCAAGUGUUGAAUCUCGCGAAAAACAAAAUUCAGAAUAUCGAAAUCGGGACAUUCGAACGCAAUAUACAAAUUGAAGCCAUACGCUUGGACGAAAAUUUUUUAACGGACAUUAACGGUGUGUUCGCGACGCUCGCCACUUUGUUGUGGUUGAACUUAUCGGAAAAUCAUUUGGUGUGGUUCGACUACGCGUUUAUACCUAGCAACCUCAAAUGGCUGGACGUACACGGAAACUUCAUAGAACAUAUGGCAAACUAUUACAAACUCCAGGAUGAAAUCAAAGUGAAAACGGUUGAUGCUAGUCAUAAUCGAAUAACGGAAAUCAAUCCCAUGUCAGUGCCCAAUACUAUCGAACUCUUAUUCAUCAAUAACAAUUUUAUUAAAACUGUACAACCUAAUACGUUCUUAGAUAAGACCAACUUAGUUCGAGUCGAUAUGUAUGCUAAUGACCUGAAAAACUUGGAUCUUAGUUCGCUCCGGCUGUCCCCGUUUAUGCCUCUGAACCGGUCUCUACCAGAAGUCUACUUGGGUGGCAACCCCUUUCAUUGUGAUUGCACCAUGGAGUGGCUCCAACUCAUUAACAAUAUGUCAUCUUCCCGUCAGUAUCCCCGUGUGAUGGACUUGGACAACGUAGUUUGCGAAAUGACACACAACAGAGGUAUGUCACAUAAACCUUUGAAUCAAGCCAAACAAAGUGAUUUCCUUUGUCCUUACGAAACUCACUGUUUUGCGCUGUGUCAUUGCUGUGAUUUUGAUGCAUGCGACUGCGAGAUGACUUGUCCGAACAAUUGUUCCUGUUACCACGAUCAAACUUGGAAUACGAAUGUAGUUGACUGCUCACGGCAAGAUCUCGAGGAUCUUCCACAUAAAAUACCGAUGGAUGUCACUGAAUUGUGCUUAGAUGGCAACAAUAUCAAAGAACUCCAAAAUCAUGUGUUUAUUGGCAGAAAGAACAUGAAAAUACUCUUUGUCAAUAACAGCAACAUUGAAACUAUACAGAAUAGCACAUUCAAUGGACUGAACAACUUGCAGACUUUGCAUCUAGAAAAUAAUAAAAUAAGGGCAUUGGUCGGUUAUGAGUUCGAACAAUUAUCGAAUCUCAAAGAAUUGUUCCUGCAAGAUAACCUCAUCUCGACGAUUGGAAACAACACCCUCGAGCCAUUAACUUCCUUGGAAUUAUUACGACUAGAUGGAAAUAAAUUGGUGACUUUUCCUGUAUGGCAGCUUUCAUCGAACACUCGCCUGAACGAAGUUAGGUUGAGCAACAACCAGUGGUCUUGCCGAUGCAAAUUCUUGCAAGGCCUUACAGCGUGGGUAGCAGACAACGCGGUUAAAGUAGUGGACAGUGCCGACAUGAUGUGUUACAAUCCGGACUCGAAACCUCCGCAAAAACGAGAGCUAGAUUUCAACAGCACGACAUGCAGUGAUUAUUAUGCGGGCAGUUCCGUGAUAGACAGUAUGUUAGUGUCGGACUAUUGGCCGAUGGUCGUAGUGACUAUGUGCAUUGUAAUACUUGUAUUACUCGCCAUUGUGAUGUGGUUUAUCUUCAGAGACCCGGUCAGAGUAUGGCUGUACUCUCGGUACGGGGUGCGUCUGUGUAGCUUUCGUGCUGACGCCGCGAAACAAUACGAGGAAAGAGACAAGCUCUACGACGGGUUCGUGUGCUACAGCCCGAAAGACGAAGAAUGGGUGGUACAAGCUCUAGCUGCCGAGUUGGAGCCGAUGUAUCAGUUGUGUUUACACUAUAGAGACUUGCCUCAUACCGCGUACAUCCAGCACGCUGCCCCGGCUGUGUUAGAAGCGGCAGAAGCCAGCAGAAGAGUGAUACUAGUUCUUACGAGGAAUUUCCUACAGACUGAGUGGGCACGAUUCGAACUCCGACAAGCCUUGCACGAAGCUUUGAAAGGUCGAGUGUUCAAACUGCUGAUAUUAGAGGAAAAUACCAUUCCUGAGAUGGAGCUCGAUCCAGAGCUCAAACUGUACCUCAAAACUGCUGAGCGGAUCAAGUGGGGAGAAAAGAGGUUCUGGGAGAAGCUGAAGUACGCCAUGCCAUCGGUGGAGCCCAGAGAGAAGAUCAACGCCAACUAUAGGAGGAACAUCAACAACUACACCAUCGACGCUAGGGUCGUGCCCAACGGCACUCACCAUAGCCAUCAUACUUAUCCUGAUAAGAUCCGUACUCAGGCUCCGCCGAGUCCUGGAAUGCAGAUGCUGCCACCAGCUUAUUCUUCCGGGGUGCCCCAGGAGAUAGACGACGCGAAUUAUUCGUCGGCUACAACUGCCACCCCCUCCCCAAGGCCAAAUAGGCGGGUCCAGGAGCCAAGGCCGAUAUCGGACCACAUCUAUUCCAGCAUCGACUCCGACUACAGCACUCUGGAAAGGGGUGGUUCCGGGAGGCGAGGGCCUCCAUGGAGGCAUCAGCAGAUCAUGAUGCAGGCUGGGGUAAACAAUAGAGGCCAGGCCUAUCUUGUGUGAUAACUUAAUAUGACUGACUAGGUUACUAAAAAAGACUUCUUGACGAUUACUUCAAAGUCGAUGUGUAAUUAUUAUGAAAAUUGUUUUGUAUUAUUUUUGUACAUUCUUGUAUAUAGAUAUAUUUAUUUUCUUUUUAUUUCUGUAUUAUUUUUGUGUACAUUUUUCACGAGCUACAACAAACGAAUUACUUAUAUGUAAUAAAUAUUAUGUCAAAUCU